GCCGCCGAGAGAGUACAGGUGUUCGCGGCGGCCGGCGACGACGACUCGCGCCGUCUGCCGGAGUACAGCUCCUCAGUGUCGGCCCUGCGCCGUCCGCGUAUACACGUCCACCGGCAUUCUCUCUCUCUCUCUCUGUGUGUGUGUAUAUAUAAUACAUACAUAUACAGAGGUGUAAGCUUAUAAUCCAACGCCGGCGCGACGCAUCGCGCUCGCAUACACGCAAGUUUGAUCGAAGAACGCAGUGCCAGUAUUAUCGUUAUUAUUUCGCUACACAUUCGGAACCUCGCGCGAGCGUCGUAUCGCAUACUUAUGCAGCUGAAGAUGAUGGUUUGCUGUGAGAGCUGUGAUUGCGAAGCGUUAUAGUGUGCUGUACGUAACAGCGGAGAAAGAGGAGACGCCGGAAAUCGCAGUUGGGUAUUAUGCUAAUCAGACGGCGCUCAGAAUGCGGGAGGAAGAGCUCGAGAUAUCACUCAAGGUGGUGAUAGUCGGCAAUGGUGCGGUGGGCAAAUCCUCCAUGAUCCAGAGGUUCUGCAAGGGCACCUACACCCGAGACUACAAGAAGACCAUUGGGGUUGAUUUUCUCGAGCGGGAGAUCGAAGUCGACGGCGAGGACGUGCGACUGAUGCUCUGGGACACCGCCGGACAGGAGGAGUUCGACGCCAUCACCGCGGCUUACUAUCGCGGCGCCCACGCUUGCGUCCUGGCCUUCUCGGCGACCGACAGAGAUUCCUUCGAUGCCAUUCCCUCCUGGAAGCUCAAGGUGGAGAACGAAUGCGGGGAAAUCCCAACAGUUUUAGUGCAGAACAAGAUGGAUUUGAUCGACCAAUGCGUCAUUGAUCCAGAUGAAGCGGAAAGGCUCGGUAGGGCGUUGGGCUGCAAGUUGCUGCGCACCUCAGUCAAAGAGGACGUCGGUGUUAUGAGCGUCUUCCGACACCUCGCCUCGCGCUGUCUCUACGAGAUGCGCAGAUACGAAGAGGAAGAGGACUUCAGGAUCUACUCCUGUGGCCCGAGAUCGCCAUCGGUCAUUAGUGCCUUCAGUCCGAACGGAUCGACGGGUGGCAGGAACCUUGGAAACGGCACAAUCGUCCUCCGGGCCACUGGCAAAAUGAGGCAUCACAAAAAGAAGAAUUUCGUAAAAAACGCCUGUCGACUGUUGUAGCCUCUGGUGUAUCAACAUUUGAAUCGACUGUGUCGUCGACGCGCGUAAAAAAGAGCGACUGUAAGCGAUCUGUAAAUAUGUAAAUACGCACCGUUUUCUAGGACUGACAUACGGAAAAGGAGCUUCUUUUUUAUUAUAUAACAAGAUAUAUAAUAACUUUUCUUUUCGAUAUAUCAGCCUCGGUGUGUAUAGGUGCUCAUUGUUUCUAUGAUAUUUAUGUAACUGAUUGUAAUCGCAUCAAUGAUGUUUGUACGAAUGCGAAUGUUUGAUUUUUAUAAAUAUAGGGUACUGUACGUGCGCUCUUUACAAACGUCAGCGCUGUUAUUAACCAAAUACAUUAGUCACUACAAAACCAAUUUUAUAGCUAUUAAAUUUUGUAUGAUUUUUUGUAAUAAAUAUGUUUAUGUACUGACAAAGGGUUUCGGCUUAAUUUUAAUGCCAUCAUCGAUAAAUAAUGAACACUGUGUACAUUAAUUAAUUUAUUUGACAUUUUAUUCAUUUAUUUAUCUGUACUUACAUCUUUUAAUUUCGAUCCAACUAAUAUUUGAGCCAAUAAAAUUGCUGAUAUAACCAGUUCAGAAAAUGUAGGCUAUUUUUCAAACGGUUAUAAUAAAUAAUGGCACAUAAUUUGAAACAUACAUCUAGUUGACGCAUUAUUUGAAAUGAUAACUGUCUUUUCCUUAUUGUUAAUGACAUGGCUUUUUUAAAGGGUUUUUUGUCAAAAAAGGUUGAUUUUUAGCAUUAUUACGUGAUGUUUAGAAAUUAUAGGCAAAUGUGACGCAAGUAUUUACAUUUUAUUCAGAAU